GGCCAACACAACGUUGUCCACCGCUGCAUUAAAAAAAGAAAAAUUGUUCCAAAUUCUUUCCCGUGAAAAUCACCUAUCGGGCGGUGGGAAUCUCUUGAAACAUCAAAACAAAUCAUUACACGUGUCUCUGUUUGAACGAUGUUUCCACAGAACCACGAUUAGUCCUCGAAACACCUGAUAACUGCUUCAGGCGCCAACAACACACAGAGACCCAUUCUCUUCUCUCUCGUUGCAUUUGGUUUGGUUCUUCUCACUCACCAUCGUCCAAAAAAUUCCUUCACAAUCUUCCUCGAUUUCAUCAUUUUCCAACGGUUAAACAUUUACUAGCUAGGGUUUUAGCUCACACACACAAUUUCCCCUAAAACCUAGGUCAUUGAACACUUUCAAUUCUAAUAUUUUUCUAGGGUUUCAUUCACGAACCAUGGGUGAAUGGCAUGAUUGGCAAUCCCUUCUUCAAUCCAUUCUCGUAGGUCUCAUUUUCUCUUACCUUCUCGCUAAACUCAUAUCCAUUGUCGUUUCAUUCAAAGACGAAAAUCUCACAAUCACACGCAACACAAACAUCACCACCACCACAACCAAAACCGUUACCGGACAUGAUGUAAUACACGACGACGUCGUCUCAGAGGGCGUACAUCGGUUCGAGGAUGAGUCGGUUAUGGCUGAACAAGGUAGUGUGAGAAACGAAAGCGUUGACGGUGGUGAUGAGGACUACGAUGACGAUUGGGAAGGCGUGGAGAGUACCGAAUUGGACGAGGCUUUCAGCGCCGCCACGGCUUUUGUUGCCGCCGCCGCCGCCGAUCGUCUCUCGCAGAAGGUGUCUAAUGAUGUUCAGCUUCAGCUUUAUGGAUUGUAUAAGAUUGCCACCGAAGGUCCUUGCAGCACGCCUCAGCCAUCUCCCCUCAAAAUGACGGCUCGUGCAAAAUGGCAAGCAUGGCAGAAAUUGGGUGCUAUGCCUCCUGAAGAUGCAAUGCAGAAGUACAUUGACGUUGUGUCGGAGCUAUAUCCUACUUGGCUUGAUGGUUCAUCUUUGAGAAGCAAAACAGGCGAUGGUGGUGGCCCUAGUUCAGAGGCUCGGGGACCAAUGGGACCAGUAUUCAGCUCUUUUGUUUAUGAAGAGGAAUGCGGCAAUGACUCGAAAAUGGAUGCCAUUCACGGAUUUGCUAGAGAGGGAGAUAUGGCGAAUCUACUCAAGUGUAUUGAAAAUGGCGUUUCAGUGAAUUUGAAGGCAUGCAUUUUUUUAAAAUGUUCUCAGACAGUGAGGGCCGAACACCAUUACACUGGGCAGUGGAUCGUGGCCACCUUAAUGUCACAGAGCUGCUGAUUGGAAGGAGUGCUGAUGUAAAUGCCAAGGAUAAUGAUGGACAAACUCCACUGCAUUAUGCCGUUACGUGCGAGAGAGAAGGCAUUGCUGAAUAUUUAGUGAAGCAUAAUGCCAACAUCCAUUCAGAGGAUAAUGAUGGCAGUUCUUCGCGUGACAUCUGUAGUUCUAACUGGCCGUUUAUGCAGCAGCAUGUGGGAGAAGUAAAUUGAUUGUUCGUUUUGUUGUUGCUGCUGCUUUUGACUAGUAUAUCCUUGCCCAAAUCCCUUCAGGAUGUACGUGUCCAUAUAUAACUUAAUUUUUUUUGUCCUUACUAUUGGUGUAUACACCCUUUUCACUGUAGUGUACGCCUAUGCACCGUUUAGUUUUUUUUGUCCUUACUAUGGUUAAUGAAGCAUAUUCUGUUUCGUUGUUUCGUC